AUGUUCCUGUGGACUCUGGCCGCAGCACUGGGACGUUUGUCCGGACUGAAGAUCGUUCUCAAGGACAACCUACGAGCUGCACCAGGUUUCGGAUGGGCCGUGCAGUGCUUUGCAUACCCGUUCAUGUGUCGACGUGAUAGGGAAGCAGACCUUCGAGUACUGCGAGAUGUUUGUGGUCACAGUGGCGGCCGUGGGAACUUGGCGUUGCUACUGUUCCCUGAGGGCACCGACCUGAGCAAGUCGAAUCUGGAGACGAGCCAAAGCUUCGCUCGAAAAGAGGGCCUGCAGACCUACACGCAGGUGCUCCACCCGCGGACGGCAGGAUUUGUCGCGGCAUGGCAAGCCCUCCAUGAUGUCGCGAAGGACCUUGAAGUGCAACCGCCGGUUCUGGUUGAUGUGACCAUGGCAUAUGUUGCUCCAGUCUGUGCCAACUUGCCAGAUGAAGGAGCCGUUUUUGUUCGUGGCCACAUACCACAUGAAGUUCACAUCCGACUACGGCGAGUUGGAGCGCCUGAGGGUGCUUCCAGCGCCUCUGAACUCUGCUGCCGCCUCUUCGCAGAGAAGGAGGAUCUCUUGAAUCGCUUUCAUGCGCCUGCCGAUGCCGGCAGUGGCGGUCAUGAGAAGCCAGAUCGCCGUGUGUUUAUGGCAGAAGGUUCCGCUGCGCUCGAAGAGGUUCGUGGUGUCAAAACGAGGAUGUGCGUGAGCCUGCUGGCCUUGAUUGUGUUGGAGGCUUGGGGUUUCGCUCUCCUGCAAAUGAUGGGAUGGCUGUGGUCACCGCUGCUGCUGGUGCUGGCUUCUGCCUGUUUUGUGAUGCUGGGCAAACUCACCGGUGGCAUUGACAAGGUGAUUCUGCAACAUGCUCGGCAGCAUCCAUCGAGAGAGCAACAUCUCAGAAAAGAGCGUUGA